AUGUGUGAUAUAUGCUACAAAUGGUUCGUGCAAAAUUCUCAGCUCGAUGUGCAUGUCAGCGCGGUGCACUACAAUGCCCGUCCGUACUCGUGCAUGCUAUGCAACAAUUCGUUAAGACAAAAGGAGCGCAAGACGCGCACAUGGUCACAUGUCAAUGACACUCGUAAAUAUCAGUGUCCGUACUGCGAUAAAACGUGCCGGAAGUGGUAUGACCUAAUCCUACACAUACGCGCACACACUGGUGAACAGCCGUUUAAAUGUUGUAUGUGCGGCCGUGGGUUCGUGCAGAUGUGUGACACCCACAAGCACGAGAUGUUUCAUUUCAAGCCCGUUAACCGAUAA